AUGGCGCCCUCAAACCAACAAGCUGCAACAACAGCUCAGGAAGAACGAAUGCAUUCAGGCUCCAUAGCUUCUGAAACCUCGGGCAAGAAGUAUGCGACACCUCUGGAAGCAUACCGAGAAGCAACAGCACCGAAGAAGCCUCGAUUCUUGACACCCAAAACCUUUCGCGCAGCCAUCAACGCCCGCCUCGACAACCCUGUAGUUACCCUUUUCCGGCUUGGAGCUCGAGUGCUUCAGCUUUGUUUUGCGCUGGCAGCGGGGAUAUCGUAUGGCGUCGAGCUCAGUGGACAAAAGCUUGGUUCCGAUGGGAAUUCGUCCUUCAUCUACGCUGAGGUUGUAUUUGGACUGACGCUUGUUGUCCUCAUUCUUGAUACUCUGAUAGUACACUCCUAUCAUCUGACCUGGAUGAUCGAAUGGGUGCUUUCGAUACUGUGGAUUGCGCUCUUUGGCAACUUCUAUACGAUCUACUAUAGAUCAGAUAUUGAACCUCAAUAUGCAGGUGUCAAUGUUGGAAACAUGAAACGUAUCGUCUGGGUCGACUUGAUUAAUGCACUGCUUUGGAUGGCAAGUGCCCUAUUCUCAACAACUCUGUGUUGCUCUGGUGUAAAGGCAAAGAUCAGAGGCAAGAAGGAACAAUGGAGGUCGAAGAGGGAUGCGAAGAAGCACCGUGCAGCUGACAGAACAGCACAUGAGAUGGAAGAGGGAACCGUUAGGCCACAGCCGCAGGAAGAGAGGUUGCCCCGGUACGAAGAGGUGCCGUUGGAUGACCGAUCAUAGGAAGUUUUGAAGAGGUUCGAAGAUGUUUGGAUCUGGUGAAGUCACACUUGUUAGGGUCGAAUGCCUAUGAUGCCUAUGCACAUUGCAUUGAUAGUUCAGGGGCGUAGAACGAUUUCGAAAGUGCAUUCUUUGAGGUUGUUAUGCAAUUCUGCCAUUAGUAAUUCAAUAUCACGACUUGUUAUGAGCAUAAUACCAAGUGGAAGGAUCCAAGAUCAGUGACUCAACAGGCACUGUAUCAACACAGACUAGUGUAUAGCACGUGAAUAGUUCAAGGAGUCAUAGCAAGAGGCAGUGCUUGCCUUCCUAAUAGGUAAUGCGAUAGUUAGAACUUCGUGGUCGGG